AUGGAAAACCAAGUGUUUGAAUCCUCUGAAGAGAGAACCUUCCAGUACCAGAAUUCUCUUCCUUCACUGCCAGUGCCUACUCUUGAUGAAUCUUUAAAGAGAUACCUCAAUGCAGUGAUGCAGCAGUGUUACAAAAUGAUAGGGCUUGGACCUGAUCUACAGAGGGGCUUUAUGAAUAUGACACAACAGGGCCUUGAAGUAAAACCAUUCCUAAAUCAAGAAGAAUAUCAAAGAACUGAGGACGUAGUAAAAAAGUUUGAACAUGGGAUUGGAAAACUGUUGCAGCAUAAGUUACUGGAAAGGGCUAAAGAGAAGAAGAAUUGGCUGGAAGAAUGGUGGCUGAAUGUGGCUUAUCUUGAUGCUCGCAUACCAACACAAAUAUAUUACAACUUUGGAGGCGCAGGCCCUUAUCUUGAACACUACUGGCCACCAAAAGAAGGAACUCAAAUAGAAAGAGGAUGCAUAGCUAUAUGGCAUACCUUGAAAUACUGGGAAAUAAUAAGAACGGAAAAAUUGGUUGUGCAUAGACAUGGAAAUAUGCCUCUGGACAUGAACCAAUUCCGAAUGCUGUUCUGCACUUGCAAGAUUCCAGGAAUUACUAGAGAUUCUUUAGGCAACUAUUUUAGAACUGAGAGUGAAGGUGAAUGCCCAUCCCACUUAAUAGUCCUGUGUCGAGGUCGAGUGUUUGCUUUUGAUGCUGUACAUGAAGGUCAUAUACUGAGCCCUCCAGAGAUUUUCAGGCAACUUGCUUACAUCCAAAAGAGGUGCCAUAAUGAACCUGAUGGACCAGGGCUGGCGGCUUUAACAAGUGGGGAGAGAACCCAAUGGGCAGAGACACGUGAAUAUUUAACUAAUCUCGAUCCAAAGAACUUAUGUCUACUGGAAAAAAUUCAGAGCAGUUUGUUUGUGAUCUCCCUGGAUGAUUCCAGUCCCCAUGGAACCCCUGAGGAUUAUGCUCCGAUCACCAAGUUGGCUCUAACAGGAGAUCCAACCAUACGCUGGGGAGACAAAUCCUACAACUGCAUACUAUUUUCCAAUGGGACAUUUGGUUCAAACUGUGAUCAUUCUCCUUGUGAUGCCAUGGUUUUGGUAGUCCUGUGCUCUUAUAUUGAUCAGAAGAUUAUUGAAAGUGAGGGAAGGUGGAAGGGAUCAGAUAAAGUGCGGGACAUCCCCUGGCCAGAAGAACUUGUUUUCACGUUGAACCAGAACGUGCUAAAUGACAUUGAACGUGCUAAAGAACGGUAUUCUCAGCAGGUAUCUGACUUGCAGCUAGUGAAUUAUGCCUUUACAUCCUUUGGCAAAGCACUGACCAAGAAGAAGGGACUUCAUCCUGAUACAUUUGUUCAGCUUGGCCUCCAGCUGGCCUAUUAUAAACUUCAUGGACACCCAGGCUGCUGUUAUGAAACUGCUAUGACCAGACGUUUCUACCACGGACGCACUGAGACUAUGAGACCAUGUACGGUGGAAGCAGUGGAGUGGUGCAAAUCCAUGUUGGAUCCAUCUUGCAGUUCUCAUAAACGGCAGCAACAGAUGCUAAAGGCAUUUGCAAAGCACAACAAGAUGAUGAAAGAGUGCGAGAAUGGAAAAGGAUUUGACCGUCAUCUUCUGGGUCUCCUACUCAUAGCAAAAGAGGAAGGACUCCCUGUGCCAGAACUCUUCACAGACCCUGCAUUCACUAGAAGUGGGGGAGGUGGAAAUUUUGUGCUUUCCACUAGCCUGGUUGGCUACACUAAAAUUGGUGGAGCUGCAGUCCCCAUGAUACAUCAUGGUUAUGGCAUUUUCUAUAGAAUCAGCGAUGACAGAAUUGUUGUGACCUGCACUGCCUGGAAAUCAUGCCCAGAGACCGAUGCAGAAAUGCUGUGUAAGAACUUGUUCCAGUCUCUUCAGGACAUGAUACAACUAAUGGCCACAGCCCAUCUGUAG